GAGGUUUUCUGUGGGAGGUGUCAGUAGUGGCUCGACCAGUGUAGAGGUGGGUUGUGUGCGCUUCCUGGCUUUUAAGGUUUUUCCCGUAGAAAUGGCGCUCGACACUGGAAUGAAGUGUAUUAAAUAUCUCCUGUUCAUCUUCAACCUCCUCUUCGUGAUAAGUGGGUUUGCCGUGAUCAUCGUUGGUGCGGUGAUUGAAGCCAACUACAGGACCUACCUUGACUUCAUCUCCUCCACCUAUGUGUCCGCCUCCUCCAUCCUCAUAGCCGUGGGUGUCCUCAUCUUCGUGGUGGGCUUCUUCGGCUGCUGUGGCGCCGUCAAGGAGAACCAUUGUAUGGUAGUCACGGUAAGUAGUGUUUCGUUAUGCUGUAGAAAAAAAAAGCAUGCUUGCUGUGGUACAGACAACUACACGGAUUGGAAGGAAACGCGCUUUGGAGAACACAUUAAUGGAGUUCCUGAAGCCUGCUGCAUUCAAAACACUGAUAAUUGUGGAAAUGGCGUGUUUAGCAAACCACCUUCAGAGCUUGAUUACAUCAACAAGGAAGGCUGCUUCGACAAGCUUAAGGGAGAUGCUAAAGAAAAUGUCACCAUCUUGGGAGGGGUGGCCAUAGGCAUUGGCUUUGUCCAGCUGAUUGGAGUUGCAUUUGCUUGCUGCCUGGCCAAGUCCCUGAAACGACAAUAUGAAACCGUAUAACUUCUCGUAAUUCCUUCUGCCAUUAUAAGAUGAAAUAUUCACAUACCCGCUCAAACAUUUAAAUUUGGCUCCUGUUCAACAUUUGUAGUUGUUUCACUUAAGAGUCAGAAGUGUUUUAGCAAGACUAUUUUAUGCAUUUGGUUACAUCGGCACUGUCAUCCUUAAUCAGUAUUACAAAUUUAGCUGCAUAAAAAUAUAAAUACUGUAUUAGUAAUAAAUUAAUUCAGCAUUUUCUAAUAACUGAAGAAAGCAAGAUGCUAGUCAUAAUUUACCAACUGAUUUAGCAUGACAUUAUUGAAUGUCAAAGUUGUUGUACGACUUGAGUGAUGACAAUGAAAUCACUAGUAGCAUCGGCAACGUCUACAUGUUGAUGGCAUGGGGCAUAUUGUGAGAAAUGAGAAUUGCUUAAUUACCUUCUAUAUUAUAAGAAUUUUGCAAAGCGCUUGGCUAAAGAAAUAACCGAAGACCAAGAAUGGAAUGACUAAUAAAAUUGAGAUCUUAAAGAUAAAUUAAGUUUACUUGGUGAGAAGACAAUAUGCUCAAAACUUUGGUUGUAAUUAUGAAGGCCAAUAGACAACUGAAUACAUUUCAAGUUCCAUCUAUACUUUCAAUUUCCUAGCAAGUAUACCACCUGUGGUCGCGUUUACUACACUGUACGACGACUGUUAUCACUUCUAGAUCUAAGGUUGCAAAACAAUUUUUUUAUUAAUAACUGAUCCACAAGUUAAAUAAUUGGUUGUCACUCUUCAUACACAAUGUAACAUUGGAAAUUUAUUAAGGUUUAGUUUUGAGAUCAUUUUCAUUACUGUAUUGGAAGAAGACAAUGAACUAAUUUUUUCUUCACCUGAAAUUUCUUGAGUAUUUAAAAUUUUAGUUGGAAAAUCCAUCAUUGCAGAUACACUAAAUAUUGUAUAAUCAUUCAGUUUUUACGUUAGGAGGACAAGUACCUGUAUUGUUUUGAUUUCAGAAAUUUACUUUUCAAUACAUUUUGUUUUUUACAUACAAACUUUAAGAUUAGUGAUGUAAAAGAAUUAUUUUAACUUGUUUCAUUCAGUAUAAUAUCAAAAUUGGAUUAAAUUAUUUAGGACUCAAUAUAGAGUACCUUAAAAAAAAAAGAAGUCACUGCAGUUAUUAUUUUGGUGCAAUAAUACAAUUAUUACUUGUGCUUGAACUAUUCAUGAAAUUGUUGUUUAUUCAGUAAAUAUUGUCAGAAUUCUUGAAAUGAUGAGUGGAAUUAAUUUUCUUGAUCAGUCAAUGCUUGUGUCAUUAAUACAACAGAAGUAAAUUAUGAAAGAAUAUUGUUAUAUGUUGAAAGUUCAAUAAUUAUAGAUACAAUAAUAAUGCAGUGGUAAUAAACAGGGACAAUUGUUGAGUGCAUCAUUGACCAAGAUUUUAUUUUUAA